AUGAGCGGCGCACGCUUCAUUGGCUCGAAAAUCUCGCUCGUGUCAAAAAGCGAUAUACGCUAUAUUGGUAUCCUUCACGACAUUGAUCCUCAGAAUGCGACACUGGCACUCGAGCAAGUCGUAUCGCUUGGCACCGAGGGCAGACGGGGCGGAAAUCCGAUGGAUGAAAUACCGCCUUCGGAUAACGUAUUCAAGUACAUUGUCUUUCGAGGCUCGGAUGUGAAGGACCUGCAGGUGUUUGAGGGGCCACCCGCCCAGCCUGCUGCAACGCAACAGCCUUAUGUGGCCAAUGACCUUAACUCGCCCGGCUAUUAUCCACCAUCCAUGGUGCAGCAACAGCAGCAGCCUCCUCCUCCUCCUCCUCCUCCCCCUCCUCUUUUCCCUCAACCGCAACUUCAGCAACAGCAACAACAGCCAUUUUCAUCCUAUCCGCCUUAUGGAUUUGAGCCUUACAGAGGAGUGACAGCAGCGCCAAUGCCUCCUCCUGUCAUGGGCUUCCCUGGAUAUUACCAUCCUCCACCACCUCUUCCGCAACAACAACAACCGCAACAUUCUACAGCAUCGCCCGCCCUAAUGCAGAUGCCUGAACCGUUCCAUCAACCCGAUUUUCCGCCACCUUCCUUGAUGGCGCCAGCCAUGGAGGUUCCACACGAGAUACCAAUGACGACCACUACUACAUCGACAACGGCGACAACACUAUCAUCGUCGCAACACCCUGUAGCCGGAGACGAGUCCCUGCAACAACCCCAAUCCCAAUUGCCUUUGCCACCGCUUCAGCAAACCCCACCACCGCUAGUAUCUCCCCAACAGCAACAGCAGCAGCAGCAGCAAGUUGUUGCUCCAAAACCGGACCUCAAGGACGAUAGUCAGGUGACGACAAAGAAAGAGGGAGGAGCAGCAGCAACAGCAACACGAGGUGGAAGAAAGACGAGUGGGUCCGAAGAAAUUGCCUCAUCUGUUGAAAAGCUUGCCAAAUCCGUUAGCGAACUGGGCGUUGGCAAGGAGCGACCUCCCAAUGCCACUAUUACUAGCAGUACCACUGCUACUACUACUGCUGCUAACACAACUAUUAUGGUUGCAGACGAUAACGACCCAACGACUUCUUCGACCACAACUAUUGCACGAGACAAGCGCCAAUCGCGAAAUGGAGCGAGAAUGACGCGCAAUAAUAGCACCAGAAAAGCAUCCAAGAAUGGAACUGUAGUUCCUUUACAGGACUUUGAUUUUGCCUCAUCGAAUGCCAAGUUUGACAAGGAGCAAGUUUUGCGUAGUUUGUUUGAUACCGGGACUACCAGCAUUAGUAUUAGCAACGGCGGUAGCAGCAGCAAUAAGAACAACCACAGUAACAACAAAAAUAUUAAUAGCCAUAACAACAAGAAGAACAAGAGUGAGGAAAAAGCAAAAGGAGCAAAGAAGGAUGAUGAAGAAGUGAUUGUCAUUCCAGAAGCGGAUACCUUUUACGACAAGUCCAAGAGUUUCUUUGAUGAUAUUUCAUGUGAUGCCAAGGAGCGCGCUGAAUUAAAGAAAACAGGUGGCGACGAUUAUCGCAAGAAGCACCAGCAAGAGCAGAAACUAAACUUGGAAACGUUUGGUGAACUGUCGGUGGAGACGACUGGACGCCGUGGAGGCCGUGGAAGAAGUGGUGGAAGAGGAAGAGGAGGCCGUGGUAGCGCCAGAGGCCGUGGUGGCAGACCACUUCAAGGUGCAGCCUAA